CUCGAACUAUUGUAAUCAAUUUUGCUUGGGCGGUCCAAGGCUAAAUUUUGCAUUUUCGUGAAACCGCUCGACAGCUCCAGCCAGACUCCUCGCGAAGAAGGCCACGCGCCAUGGCAAUGCUACUUGCAGCUCGCAUAUAAUGCUGCAUUAACAGCCUCGCGCCUCAGUUUGGGAUCGGUGACGCAACGAGGGGCAGAAUGCCGCCGAGGAAAAGCCCGGCUCGCGCGGCGAAGAAGAGCGCCGCGGGCGCCAGCGGUUAUGAUUUUGAUAGUGGCGAGCACGAGCAGGAGGUCGUGGUGCUGGCGGGGAAGCUGAAAGCGGUGAAGGGAAAGGACAACAUCGUGAAGUGCCUCAAGCAAUUGCGGACAAUGUUAGAGGGGCUGCCGCAAGACGUGGAGUCGCUGGGCGGCGCGCAGGAGACGCUGCCGGGGCUGCUGCUCCAGCACGCAACCUCGGAUAACGCUGAUAAGGACGUGCGCAUGUACGGCGCUAUCUGCCUAGUGCAGCUCAUGCGUGUGUUUGCGCCCGACCUUCCCUACGACGACGACCAGCUGCGGUUGGUGUACGAGCUGCUGGUGGACUGCUGGUCGCGGCUGGAGGAGGCGGGGCCCGGCUACGACCUAGCCCGUUCUAUGCUGGCGUCCUACGCUGAGGUGAAGCUGUACAUCCCGCUGCUGGAUCUGGAGGAUGCUGACCUGGUGGGCCGCACCUUCGCUGGCCUGCUGCAGGCGGUCAGGGCUGACAACGCGGCAACGCUGGCGGACGUGGUGAUGUCGGUGCUGCUGGGCAUGAUAGAGGAGUCGGAGCAGCCGCCGGAGGAGGUGGUUGACAUCCUGCUAGCGGCGCUGGUGGCGGGCCAGCCGGCGCUGUCAGGCGCGGGCGCCAAGGCAGCGGCGGCGCAGUAUUCCGAUGCCGCGCGGGGGCUCGCGGCUAGGCUGCUGGCGAAGGGAGGCGACGUGCUGCGCGGCGCGCUGCAGCGACGGGUGCUGUCAUGCGUGCGGCGAGGGCUACAGGGACUGGAUGCAGCUGGCGGCACUGCAGUGGGCCCGGGCCGGCACAGCGGCCGCGGGGCGGCGGGUGGCAAGGCGGCUGCAGCUGCAGUGGCGACGGUGGCGGCCGCGGCCGACGGUGAUACAGGGGGCGCUGCCUACGACCCCUUCACGCUGCUGCACGGGCUGCACGGCUCAGCCCCGCAGCUGCUGCUGCCGGUGCUCCCGGAGCUCAAGGGCCAGCUGCGUCAGGAGGACGAGCACCGGCGGCUGGCGGCGGCGGCGUUGGUGACGCGCCUGCUGGCGGCGCCGCCGCCUGGCCCGCUGAAUGGCGGCGGUGGCGGCGGCGGCGCGGCUUCCUCACUGGCGGUGACGGGGGCGUCGGCGGGUGCGCUGGCGUCGUCCGCGCCCAUGGCGGCGCACUACCCGGACCUGGUGCAGGAGCUGCUGCAGCGCUACACGGACACCUCGCCGGCGGUGCGGGUGGCCAUGCUGGGCCGCACGCCGCAGCUGGCGGCGGUGGCCGCAGCGGCGGCUCCGGACGGCGGGCUGGAGCGGCAGGUGCUGGGCGCAACACGGGCGCGGCUGCACGACCUGGAGGACAAGGUCCGUGCGGCGGCGUGCAGGGCUGUUUGUGCGCUGGCUGUGGCGGCAGCGGCCGGGCCGCCGACAUCGCUGUUGCCCCCUGGCGGCCCGGCCCCUCCCCCGCUGCUGGACAACGAGGUGCUUGCGCUGCUGCGGGAGGAGGUGGCGCCGCGGCUGCGGGACCGCAAGAUUGGCGUGCGGCGUGAGGCGGCGGCGGGGCUGCUGGCAGCCUGGCGCGGCACCUGCACCGCACUGCAGCAGGGCGCCAUGAACAUGCCGGGCCUGGUGCGGGCGGUGGGCUGGGUGCCGGCCCGCCUGUGCGCCGACCUGGUUCGCGACCUGGAGCUGCGCCCGCACCUUAUGGCGCUGCUGGCGACGCCGAUGGCGGGCGCGACGGCGACAGGAGCACCUGGGGGCGGGGCCGUUGGAGGCGCCAAGGCGGCCAAGGGCGGCGUGGGGCUGCUACCUGCGUCACUGGGGCAGCGCGUCGGUUCCGCUGUUUGGGCCGCGCUGUGGGCCAGCUACGGCGCACAGGACAGAGCGGCGGUGCGCAAAGCGCUGGCGCUCAAGGCGCGGGCGGCGCUGCUGCUGCAGGAGCUGGUGGAGUUGCGGGGGCAGGUUCGGGCGGCAGCUCGUGCCGAGGAUGAGGCUAGGGUGCAGAAGCUCAGGCCGCGCCUAAUGCACGUGUGCGCGGAGCUGUCCGCCGCCGCGGGCGGGCCGGCCGAGGGCCAGGCGCGCGGCUCGGAGCAGCUGGUGCGGCUGGUGGGCGAGGCGCGGGACAGCUUCCUAUUUGACCGGCUGGCGCAACUGGCCGCGCCCACCACCACUGCCGAGGCUGCCGCCGCCGCGCGCAAGGACGCACUGUCGCGGCUGCCCGGCGGCGGCUCCAAGGCGCCCGUGGCGGAGCUCAUCACCCGCCUCGCCGCUGCCGCCGCGCCCACCCUGAUGGCGCCCAGCCACGUCGCUGGCCUCAUCGCCGCGCUGGAUAGCGCUGGCGGCGCCAAGCGUGACACGUCAGUGGUGACGGCGGCGGCGGCGCUGGCGGUGGUGGCGGCCAAGUCGGCACCGGCAGUGUUCGCGCUGGCGAUGCCGCUUGUGGCGGGCGUCGUGACGGCGGCGCCGGCCAAGGGCGAGCUGGCGACGGUGACGGCGGUGCGUGUGCUGCGCCACGCCGCACGCUACUGCGCUGGCACACCGCUGGCUGGAGUUGCGGCGGCUGGUGCGCGUACAGAUGCAGACGGCAACGGCGACGAUGUGGAGGAGAAGGAAAACGAGCAUGCGGGUGCAUCAGAAGAGGACGACGAGGAGGACCAGGAAGAGAAAGGGCAAGAGGCUUCGCCAGCGAAGGGCAAGAAGCGCGGGCGCGCCGCGGCGGACAGCACCAAGGCCAGCUCCGCAAGGCGCAAACGCCGUGCUAGCGGCGGCGAUGCCGAUGACGGCAAACCCUCAUCCUCACCCUCAGCUGCUGCCGGAAAGCGCCACACGCGCGGCCAGCAGGCAGCUGCGGCAGACGCGGCAGCUGGCAAAGCGGCGCCAGGGCAAGGCGGCGCAGGCCCCGUGUCGGCAGCGGCAGUGGAAGCGCGUAGCGCCCUACUGGCGUCUUUACAGGAGCUGUGCUUUGGGCCGUACCGAAAGGCGGCCAAGGCGGCAGUGCAUGCGCUUUCCAUCCUGCUGCUGCAGCCGCAGUCGCAGCCCCAGCAGCCGCAGCUCGCAAGAGGCGGUGGUGGCGGCAGCAGCGGCUCGGGCCGGGAGCACCGGGCGGGCGUGCUGCGGGCGCUCGCGGAGCGGCUGGCGGCGGCGCUGGUGCCGGGCUGCGAGGCUUCGGCGGGCACGGCAGCAGCGAUUGAGGCCAUGGGUAGCCUGGGCGAGGUGGAACCGGCACUGUUUACAGACUACGCCGCGGAGUACGUGGCGUUCAUCACUCAAGACUACAUGGCCGCGACCCUGCGUGACCCGGCGCGGCUGGCGGCGCGGCAGGCCGCGGUGGCAGCGGCAGCCGUGGCCGCCGACGGCGGCGGUGGCGGCGGCGGGGCGCGUCGCAAGUCCCGCCCCAGCAGUGCACAGGCGCUAGCCGCCGGCCUGGCCGAGGAGGACGACGAUGACGAGGAGGACGGCGAGGGCGGGGCGGAGUGGGGCAAGCCAUCUUACGGCGUAGCCAUGAAAGCUGCGGCGCUGAGGGCUCUCGCGCGCGGCGUCACGCCGAACGCCAAUGCGCGUGCCGACGCCGCGGCGCCGCUGCCGACAGCCACGGUGGCCGCGGUGAUGGGGCCGCCGCAUGCCAGCGGCAACGGCGCGCGGCCAUCGACCUCCCGGGCACCGGCGGCAGUGGCGGUUGACGCAGGUGGCGGCGGCGCUGUGGAGGAACUGCUGGUGCGGCUGCUGAACGUGGAGGAGGAGCUAGAGGAGUUUGGCGUGCGGCACGACGUGGACAGGGCGCACCUGCGCUACACGGCUGCGCGCUGCCUGCUGCAUCUGGCGCGCCGCUACGACUCACGGCUGGGCAGCGCCGCCUACACCGCCCUGGCGCUGGCCAUGCAGGACCCGUACAUGGAGGUGCGCCGCGACGUAGGCGACAAGGUGCGCAUGUUCCUGCACACCGCGCUGCAGCUGGGUAUGCGGGCGAGCACGCGAUCACGAUAUGCAGCUAUGCUGCCGCUGGCGGUCGUGGACCCGAUACCCGAGCACGCCGAGGCGGCGGCGCGCACGCUGCGCGAGUUGGUGCUUCUCACCCGCAGCCGCAUGGCCGCAGCUGCGCUGGCAACCGCCACCGGGGCGGCAGCGGCGGCGGGGGCCAGCUCUCGGCCCUCUCUGGGCGACGCGCCCGAGUUCCUCCUGGCGCACCUGGUGUAUGUGCUGGCGCACCACCCCGAUGUGGCCAUACCGCCGGAGCGCUACCCGCAGGCUGGAAAGAAGCUGCGCAUGAGUGAGGAGGGUGCCGAUGAGGAUGAGCAAGAGGAGGACACGCAGGGCAUCCCCGACCCCGAAGAGUACCGGCCCUUUCAGGACAUGCUGCAGCUUGCGCUGGAGGCGCUGCUCGUGCCGCGUGGGCCCGGCCAAGGCAGCAGCGGCGGUGGUGGUGGUGGUGGCGGCGGCGCCGCGGCAAAGCCGCUGGGCUUGCUGGCUGCGGGCGCGGGCGAGGCAUUGCCGGCGGUGUGCAAGAUCCUGCGCAGCGUCAAGAUCACCAUGUACGAUGCCGACGACACGGUGGACACGGCCGCCAGCACGCGCACGGUGCGGCUGAUGGCGGAUAUGGGUCUGGCGGUGGCGAAGGCCAUUGUGACCCGCGAGCUGACGGCGGCGGCGGCAGCAGGCGGCGGCGGUACAAAGGGCGGCAAGGAGGGCGGACGCGCGCGCAGCAAGCCGGUGGACACGGGCGCCAUCGCUGAGCAGGUGGAGGCGCUGUCCUGGCGCGAGCACCCGGGUCAGGUGGUGGUGCCGCGCGCCCUGUACCGCCUGGCGCGGCCGGAAGAGCAGCCCAAGGGCCUGAAGAAGGACGGGUCCUGCCUGCCGCCCGGGUAUGUGAUCCUACUCAGCCCCACCAUCGCCGGUUUGGGUCUGCGGGCACCGGCAUCCGGUAGCGGCGGCAGCACAGCCGCAGGGCCGGCAGGACGGGGCGAGGACGGGGUCCUGCUGCCUCCCCGGCAGCAGGCAUCUGCAGGGUCAAGCGGUGGUGACGGGCCCGGUGCCGCUGGCUCUGGCGGUGUCUGGGGCGGCGUGGUCAUGGUGCAGCCGCCGGAGGGGCAGGUGGACGACGACGGUGUGGACGAGCAGGCAGUGGGACGGCGAACAGGGGCUGCCGUUAAGCGUGAGAGGAGCCACGACGCGCCGCAGGCAGGCCGGGGAAGGGGUGCCAAGCAAGGCGCUGGCGCGCCUGCGCGGGCACAGCAGCGCACGACACCAACUAAGAAGCCGCGCGGGGGUUAUGAGAGCCUUAGCGAGGGAGAGGAGAGCGAGCUGGAGGAGGAGGACGAGGAGGAGUCCGACCAGGAAGGGGAGGACGAACAGGAGCGGGAGCAGCCGGCAGCCCAGGUGGCCAAGCCGCCAGCGAAGCGGGCGGCUGCUACGGCAAAGCCCAUGGAUGCGUAUGACCUCCCGGAGGAGGACGACACGGAGGAGGAGGAAGAGGCAGAGCUGGCACCACAGCCUGCCGCAGGCAAGGGCGCCCGUGCUCGCGGCGCAGGCGCGAGCAAGAGCCCGCCAGCAGCCCAGGCGACUGAGCGGGCCGCGGCUCCAGCUGCGCGGGGCGGGGCUGCGGCGCGCCAGCCGCCUGUGGAUGGCGCCAAUCGCAAGGAGGUGCGGGGCAUUGGGCCGGCCGCGGCUGCAGCAGCGGCAGCGAUGGACACCUCUCCCUCCAGCCCGGAUGAGAACGCCAGCGAGGACAGGGCCCCACCACGCGUCACCAGGGGCAGCGAGCGCAUCAACGGCUUUGGCUAUACCACUGCCGCCACCGCCAGUGGGAAGCCACAGCUGCAGGCGAAGACGCAGCGCCAGCCGCUGAAGCAACACCAGCAAGCAGCACAGCAGCGGGCCGGUGUGGCGGAGGCGGAUGACAACUCCAAGCAGCGCUCGAAGCCGCCUGCUACAGCCGCCGCAGUUGCCCAGAAGCCGGCCAAAGCCGCUGCAGCACGGGCUGGACGUAGGUUAUGAGUGAGCGGUGUCCCCUGCCAGCAAUCAACGGCGGCGCUCCGACAGCCAAAGCCCGUUUUGACGCUAUGCACAUUGUCUGGCCAGUCCGAGCCAGUUGCCCGGCUGCGUGCUGAACACACGCACACAACCAUCGGAUGUAUGACGGCAGGCUGCAACCAGUGUCGGGAGCAUAAGGACUGAUUCAGUAUUCCCCCAUGCCUGCUGUAAGGACCAUCUACUGUAUGUUUGCUCGAUUGCACCAAGAGAACGUGAGAACCCGGUGCUAGAAGGUUGUGUAGGGUGGGGCGCGGCGCCUGGACGAGGGGGUGUGUGCCGACGGCCCCGUUGAACUCGAGAAGAUGAAAAGGCCGCCGCCAUGUAGGAAGAAAUCGUGUAAUGGACUCAGGGG